ACUUUGGCCAGUUUUCUUAAAUUCAAAUAUUAACAGUUUGUGUGGCAGAGAAUUUGUUCAAUAUUCUUUUUUGCUCGGGACAAAAACUGAAUUUCGAAAAAACGAUGAAACAAUUACCAAUUGAUACUGACGUGGAUAUUAACUUAUUUCAAGAUGAGUUACGAGAUAUCGAUCGAGAAUUCAUUCUCAACAUCGUUUCGAUAGCCAAAAUAUCCAAAUUCGGUCAUCUAUGUAUGACCAACGAUGCUACCUAUGCUUAUGGUGAAGCAAUAUGCAAAUGGCUAUCGUUACAACAUGAUCUCAAACUACCACAACAGAUUCACAUUUUGAAGGACAAGAAAAUUAUUCAAGUCGAUUCGGGCAGUGAUUUUGUUGCUAUUCUAACUGAUGAUGGACAAGUGUAUCUAGCAAGUGGUGAUCCUAGAUGGCAAACGAACAAAACUUUUCGAUUGAUUUCCACCGGUAAUGUUCGAUUUGAAAUGAUAGCAUGUGGACGUCAUCAUUUGUUGUUGUUACAACAAGAUGGUACGGUUUUCGCUGUGGGAAGUAAUCGAUAUGGUGAAUUAACCGGUUAUUCAGAGUUAUCGUAUGAUACUCUCUUCAAUACUGGUUUGAAAAAUGUCAAAAUGAUAGCUUGUGGAGAACAACACAAUGUUGCUGCUACCAAUACUAAUCAAAUUUAUUCCUGGGGCUUGAAUCACUUAGGACAGUUAGGUCUAGGCGAUUUGAAUUACCGACGUAGACCUUCACUGGUUUCAUUUCCUGAUGGUUCGACUGAUAGUCCAAUCAAAAAUAUUGUGGCCGGUGCAAGUCAUUCUUUAUUUUUAUUGGAGGAUGGUCAAAUUUUUGGAUGUGGUUAUGGUCAAUGCCCUAUCAAUGAUAAUGAACAAGAUGCAAAAGUGCCGACAAAAAUUCCCAUUGAAAAUGUGCAAAGUAUGGCUUGUAAGAAUCGUCACCUUAUUUCAUAUGCUUUGGAUCAUUCAUCACAUUAUUAUCAAUGGGGUAAAUUAAACAAAAAAUUAGUCCCUCUUGAAAAAUUGGAUGGUCAACUGAAAUCAUUUGCAGCAGCAUCAGCAAUAGUAAAUAAAUCACCA